AAAAGAAAAAAUAAAUAAAAAACUUAAAGGAUUGAUGAAGGGGGAAGACGAUCGAGUUGCUUCGCUUGUAUGGUUUCAGUGUGAGAACUUGGUUGCUUCAAUUCAUCUUCGGAACGCGUUUUCUCUUCAAAGUGAGAAUGUAUAACAAUGUUGGGCCGCAACUAGGGGUUCCUCAACUUCAUCCUCAACCUCAGACAGUCCUGCAACCUAAUGUGUUUGGGAAUGCAUUUCAAGUCGCCGGUUCAGGACUCGUUCGAGGUGGAUUGGGUGCAUAUGGAGGGAAAAUAUUAGGAUCAAGCUCUGAGUACGUCCAAAGCAACAUAAGUCGGUAUUUCUCUGAUCCCCAAUACUACUUCCAAGUGAAUGACCACUAUGUUAAGAACAAAUUAAAGGUGAUUUUGUUCCCAUUCCUGCACCGGGGGCAUUGGACUAGAAUUCCAGAACCAGUGGGAGGUAGGCUCUCUUAUAAACCACCACUUUAUGACAUAAAUGCACCCGACUUGUACAUUCCAUUCAUGGCAUUUGGUACCUACGUUGUUCUUGCUGGCAUCUCAUUGGGUCUUCAUGGAAAGUUUAGUCCUGAAGCUUUGAAUUGGUUAUUCAUCAAGGGAUUGCUUGGUUGGUUUACGCAAACAGCACUGCUUAAAGUGACAUUACUUUCAUUGGGCAGUGGGGAAGCACCUCUAUUGGACUUUAUAGCAUAUGCUGGGUAUACUUUCCCUGGCAUGUGUUUGGCUGUUCUUGGAAGAAUAAUAUGGGUUUACUCCUACUACUUUUUGAUGCUAUGGACCUGCUUAUGCAUGGCAAUGUUCUUGGUGAAAACAAUGAAGAGAGUUGCAGAGGUCAGGAGUUAUGAUUCAAGCAGACACCACUACCUCUUGCUCUUUAUUGCUUUGGCUCAGAUCCCCCUGUUUGCAUGGCUUGGAAACAUUACUGUCAAUUGGCUUUUAUAGAGUGAUAGCGUUUUUACUGUACUUGGAAGCACUUAGUGAUAUUUUUUGGUUGUUAACGUUGGAGAAUAGUAAUAUAUGGGCUUUUUCUCUUCCCCUUGCUUUUAUCUGUUGGAUAGGUUGGGGGAUAAACCUCAUCAGAGAUGCAUAAUUAUAGGCCUUCUCCUUCUCUGCAUAUAUUAUACGCUUUUAUUUUUCAUUAUACCUAGUAGUAAUUCACACAUCUUUAUUUUCUACACAGACGAUUACCAUUGUGAAAUCACCAUAA